GGGAAGUAGUGUUUUGAUAAUAAAGGCGGGCUUUUUCUCCUUUUCAUCUCUUAGGGUUUUCUCUCCACUUCACUACUCUGAAUCUCUGAUUGAUUAGCAAGCAGCAAACAUGAUGCUAAAGGAUUGCGAAGUAGAAGUGUGCUCAGAGGAAGAAGGCUUCGCAGGCGCGUGGUUUCGAGCCGUAUUAGAAGAGAACCCCACCAAGUCCGGUCGGAAGAAGCUCCGCGUCCGCUACAUUACUCUGCUAAGCGACGACGGUCUCACUCCCCUCACCGAGUUCAUCGAGCAGAGAUUCAUCCGCUCGAUCCCGCCGGUAGAUUUGCAGAACAGCGUCGUUUUGGAGGAAGGAACUGUGGUCGAUGCGGAUCACAGAGACGGGUGGUGGACAGGUGUCAUCUCGAAGAAGAAGAUAGAAGAGGGUGAGAAGUUUUUGGUCUACUUCGAUUCGCCGCCUGAUAUCAUCGAGUUCGAGAGGAGACAGUUAAGGGCUCAUCUUGACUGGACCGGGUGGAAAUGGGUCGUAGCCGAAAAGGAGGAAGUGGAUAACUCCGAGUUUUGCUCCGGAGCAACGGUGGAAGUGUGUUCUGCCAAAGACAAAGCGUGGUACCCGGCGUUGAUGGUUACAGAGAUUGAAGGAGAAGAUGGCGAGAGUAAGUUCCUUGUCAAGGACUUUAAUCAGCGGUUGAGCUGCAUUGGUGGUGAGGCAACACCAAGCUUGGUUGUUGACGCUCACAGUGUGAGACCCGCACCGCCUCCUUCCUCCGUUGGAGAGUUUGAGUUGAUGGCACGUGUAGAGGUGUUGCGUGGCUCUGGAUGGUGCCAAGGGUUUGUGCAGAAGAUUCUCUCCGAGGAACGUUACUCGGUUAGUUUAGACGUUACCAAGGAGGAAUAUGUGUUUAAACACUCGGAGGUUCGACCCUUGAUGGUGUGGAAGAAUGGGAGAUGGCGUGACGAAUCUAAGCAAAAGGCGGUGAAGGAGACUCCUUCCAACAGCUUAAACAAGAAUCCAAUGCACUCUUGUUCUGGUCCUAAGCCGUUCGCUAGAGUUGAAGAAACUGUGGCUGCCACUGUAGAGUUGAGAAAGAAGAAGAAGGCUGAUGUUGUUAUUAGUGAUAAAACUCCUACCGUCACUACCACAACACAGCUGAUGCAAAAAGAAACUGAAGGAGAAGAAUCUUCUGAGAAGAGACUUGAGCAAAUGCCUGAGGAGAAGAACAGUGAAGCUACUAGUAGGAAAAGGCAAAGAGGACAAGAACAACACAAGGAUGUGAAUGAAACUGGAAAUUUAUCUACUACUAGCUCGGAAGAUAGGGCUAGGCAAAGCGGACAAAAGCAAAAAACUGUAAAAGAAACUCCAAAGAAGAAACCCCUGAAUCCACAUGACAAUGAAGAAGAGAACACUCUAGCUGCUGCCACUGGAGGAUUAGGAAAGGAGAGGGAUGAUACUGUGAUGAUGAAUGGUGAAACCCCUUUGGUUAUAACCCCUGAAGUCAUGUCAAUAGCAAAAGAAUAUGUAGACCCGUCUUUGGUCAUAGCUGCAACACCAUUGAAACAAACAGAGGCCAAAGCUGUAGAAAAUACAUCCCCAAUGAUGAAUCUGAAUGAUUCAACUCCACAUACGACGCACGAGGAGGAGAGUAGCGAAGCUAAGAGUAGGAAAAGAAGAAGGGAGCAAGAUCAACACUCGAACCUGAAUGAAGAAGCUGAUGGGACUAGCAACGUUUCAAUUGCUGAGGUGAACGGUGAGGUGAAUGAUACAGCAAGUAAAAAUCUGUGCCGUGAUGGUGAAGUUGUUGAUCAGCUUAUUAUCUCUUCUACUGAGUUGUCCCCUGAUCAGAGCUUGAAGGAAACACCAGCCAAGGACAACACCCUAAUGGAUUUGCCUUUCACAAAGAAGUCACCGUACUGGAAGACCUACGAGACAACAGAAGCUUUCAAGUCCGUUCCGCAACGGCCUCACUUCUGCACGCUGCUCGAAGCUAAAAAAGAUUUCUUCCUCGAGUCUGCAGCGGUUGGGAUGAUGGUUUCCUUUUACGGCUUUCUAGAUGAAGUGAAGGAUCUCAAGCUCGAUGACUCCACAAGUAAACUCCACGACCUCAGCGUUUCAUUUGUUGAAUUAGAGAAGAACGGGUUCGACGUCGAAGCUCCUCAGGCAGUGAUCAGCAAAGUGCUGUCUCUCAAAGACGUGCGAGACAAGAAAGCCGAGGAGCAAAAACGUUAUGAGGAGGACAUUGGAGAGGAAGAGAGUGCAAGUCUCAAGUUAAAAGAAGUGAGAGCUGAGCUGAGACUCGAAAUCGGUGAGCUGCAACGCAAAAUCAGUGAGCUUGAGAGACGAGAUGCGGUUGGGAAACAGAAGGAGGAAGCAGCAGAGGAAAAGAUAGCUGACAUGAAGGCACAUGUGGGAAUGAUUGGCCAAGAGAUUGAAGAUGUGGAGGCUGAGUUUCAGAAGACUAUUUCAGCUCCAUGGUGACAAGUUAUGUAUAACCUCUCCCUGUUCUGGUGAAUGAAACGAGUGGAUGAAGUUAAUAUAAGAGUAUGUCUGAGAAUGUUGGCUGGCUCUUAU